AUGGCUCUAAUGGUUCACCUGAAGACAGUGGCUCACCUGAAGGGGAAGAGUGACCGUAUCGCCAAAGUCACGUUCAGAGGACUGUCCUUCCACAGCCGUGUAGCAGAGAACUGUGAGGAUGUCGCCCCAUUUAACGAGGUGUUCCGGUGGCCGAUUGCCAGUCAGUUGGAUCAAAAUGAGAUGCUGGAGAUCCAAGUCUACAAUUACAGCAAGGUCUUUUCCAACCGACUGGUGGGGACUUUCAGCAUGGUGCUUCAGAAAGUAGCCCAGGAGGGACAUCUACAGCUCACAGAUACACUGAUAGAUGAGAACAAUACUUCUAUAAAGACCAGUGUGAGCGUGGAGAUCCGGUAUCAGCCCAUGGAGGGCACAGUGGGCUCCUGGAGCGAGGGGGAGUUCCUGGACGUCCCAGACGACAGAGACGGGGUUUUUACCUUUGAGACAGACAGCCUCCUGUCCAGCCAUGGAUCAGGCACUUCACCUGGACGCUCACUGCAUGGAUCUAUACCAACCUUCAGGAAAGCGGGGAAAGGAGUGUUCUCAGCCAUGAAACUCAGCAAGAUCAGGAGCCCUCGGGAAGACCACAGGAGAGAUGAGCCUGCAGUGCUGGACAUGAUGGAUGACUUGGACAGGAAGGCCAUGAGGAUCGCCGGGAGCCUGGAGCCUGAUACUGUGUCUCUGGCAUCAGUCACUGCGGUAACCACCAACGUCUCCAACAAGAGGUCAAAGCCAGAUAUCAAGAUGGAGCCCGGCUCAGGGCGACCAGUGGACUACCAGAUCAGCAUCACAAUCAUUGAAGCCCGGCAGCUGAUCGGACUGAACAUGGACCCCGUGGUGUGUGUGGAUAUUGGGGACGAGAAGAAGUACACAUCUAUGAAGGAGUCCACCAACUGUCCAUACUACAACGAGUAUUUUGUGUUCGACUUCCACGUCCCGCCUGAUGUGAUGUUUGACAAGAUCAUAAAGCUUUCAGUCAUUCACUCCAAGAACCUCCUCCGCAGCGGGACCCUGGUAGGCUCUUUCAAGAUGGACGUGGGGACAGUUUAUUCACAGGCUGAGCACCAGUUUUACCACAAGUGGGCGAUGUUGUCUGACCCUGAUGACAUCACAGCUGGGUGUAAAGGAUACCUGAAGUGUGACAUCGCUGUGGUGGGCAAAGGCGACAACAUCAAGACCCCACAUAAGGCCAAUGAGACGGAGGAGGACGAGAUAGAGGGGAACCUGCUGCUCCCAGAGGGCUUCCCGACCGAGCGGCAGUGGGCCCGGUACUACGUGAAGAUCCAUCGAGCCGAGGGUCUGCCCAAAAUGAACACCAGAAUCAUGGCCAACGUCAAGAAGGCCUUGAUCGGGGAGAACCGCGAUCUGGUGGACCCCUACGUGCAAGUGCAAUUUGCUGGACAGAAAGGGAAGACCUCAGUCCAGAAGAGCAGCUAUGAGCCCAUCUGGAAUGAGCAGGUGGUGUUCACAGAGCUCUUCCCUCCUCUGUGCAAACGCAUCAAGGUCCAGAUCCGAGAUUCCGACAAGGUCAACAACGUCGCCAUAGGAACACACUUCAUCGAUCUACGCAAAAUCUCCAAUGACGGUGACAAAGGUUUCCUCCCUACACUGGGUCCGGCCUGGGUCAACAUGUACGGCUCCACUCGACAGUACAGUCUGAUAGACGAGCACCAGGACCUGAACGAUGGGCUGGGGGAGGGCGUCUUCUUCAGGGCCCGGCUGCUACUGUCUGUGGCCGUGGAGAUCCUGGACACAACCUCCCCAGAGCUAACCUGCUCCACCGAGGUGCAGAGUGAGCCCAUCUCCAACAUAUCCGAGAGCGCUACAGGAAAAGUGGAGGAGUUUUUCCUCUUUGGUUCCUUCCUGGAGGCGACAAUGAUCGACCGCAAAAUUGGAGACAAACCAAUAAACUUCGAAAUCACAAUAGGUAACUAUGGAAACCAGAUAGAUGGCAUCAGCAACCGUCCAUCGCCGAAGAAGAAGAAAAAGGAUGGAGAGAGUGAGGAGGAGGAGAACGAGCUGAUUCAGAACUCCAGUGAGGAAGAGGGAGAGGAGGAGGGGGACCUAACCUCUGUGUCCACCACUCCACCCAUGAGACCGGUCAUAACAGACAGAAACUACUUCCAUCUGCCGUACUUUGAGAAGAAGCCCUGUGUGUACAUCAAGAGCUGGUGGCAGGACCAGAGACGCAGACUGUACAACUCCAACAUGAUGGACAAGAUUGCAGACAAACUGGAGGAGGGUUUGAACGACGUGCAGGAGAUCAUUAAGACAGAGAAGGCCUUUCCCGAGCGCAGACUGCGGGGGGUGCUGGAGGAGCUCAGUGUGGGCUGCAGUCGAUUUGUGACUUUGGCGAAUAAAGACAUUAAUCAAGCAGGAAGGACCAAACUGGACCGGGAGCGUCUGAAAACCUGCAUGAGGGAGAUGGACAGCAUGGGGCAGCAGGCCAAGCAGAUACGCACACAAGUGAAGAAAAACAGCGUCAAAGACAAGCUCAAACUGGCUCAGAACUUCCUCCAGAGACUGCGUUUCCUGGCAGAUGAGCCUCAGCACAGCAUUCCAGAUGUGUUUGUUUGGAUGAUGAGCAACAACAAGAGGAUCGCCUAUGCUCGCAUCCCUUCCAAAGACCUGCUCUACUCCAUCGUGGAUGAGGAGACUGGGAAAGACUGUGGCAAAGUCAAGGCUGUGUUUCUUAAACUGCCUGGUAAGAAGGGCUUUGGUCCGGCCGGGUGGACAGUGCAGGCCAAGCUGGAGCUGUACCUGUGGCUGGGUCUGAACAAGCAGAAGAAGGACUUCCUGAACGGGCUGCCCAAUGGCUUUGAGGAGGUCAAGGCCUCCAAGAGCGCCCCCAGUCUGCAGUCUGUGCCCCCCGUCACCCUCGUCUACAACAUGAAGCAGGUGUUCCAGCUCAGGGCCCACAUGUAUCAGGCCCGCAGCCUCUUUGCAGCAGACAACAGUGGACUCUCUGACCCGUUCGCCAGGGUCUUCUUCUCCACGCACAGCCAAGUCACAGAGAUCCUGAACGAGACCCUGUGCCCCACGUGGGACCAGCUGUUGGUGUUUGACGAUGUGGAGCUGUUUGGAGAAGCCAGCGAGCUCCGAGACGAUCCACCCAUCAUUGUCAUCGAGUUCUACGACCAGGACACUGUGGGCAAGGCAGAGUUCAUAGGUCGCACAUUCGCCAAGCCCACCAUAAAGAUGUGUGAUGAGCACUACGGCCCCCCGAGGUUCCCCCCUCAGCUAGAGUACUACCAGAUCUACAGAGGCCACUGCACUGCUGGGGAGCUGCUGGCCGCAUUUGAACUGCUACAGAUUGGUCAGGGGGGCCGAGCUGAGCUUCCUCCUAUUGAAACAUGCACAGACUCAGAGCGUGGACCCAUAGUCCCCGUGCCUCUGGGGAUCAGACCUGUGCUCAGCCGCUACCGCAUAGAGGUCUUGUUCUGGGGCCUGAGGGACUUGAAGAGAAUAAACCUGGCUCAGGUGGACCGACCCCGUGUGGACAUAGAGUGUGCGGGACGAGGAGUGCAGUCGACGCUCAUUCAAAACUACAAGAAAAAUCCAAACUUCAGCACUCUGGUCAAAUGGUUCGAGGUGGACCUCCCAGAGAAUGAGCUGCUACACCCCCCUCUGAAUAUCCGCGUGGUGGACUGUAGGGCCUUUGGGAGGUACAUCCUUGUGGGCUCUCACGCCGUCACCAGCCUGAGACGUUUCAUCUACAGCGCCCCAGACAAGAGCUCCAACCACUGGGCCACUGCAGCUAAACUAAUGAACGGCUACCUGGUUCUAACUAACGGCGGCUCGCAGCCUCAUGCCUCACCCAGCGUCUCCUCGCGCACUUUCUCUCGCCCCGCAGGUGACGUCAUCCUCAACAUGGACGACACCAGCGUUCGCAAGAUGGACACCGUAGUCAAACUGGACGCUAUGUCUGACGCUGUAGUCAAAGUGGACAUGGAGAGCAAAGACAAAAAGAAGAAGAAGAAAAAGAAGGGAGUGGCAGAGGAGGAGGAGGAGCCAGAUGAGAGUGUACUGGACUGGUGGUCCAAGUACUUUGCCUCCAUAGAGACACUCAAGGAGAAGCUGAAGGCUCAGGAGGCAGCCCAGGCCGAGGCAGAGGAGAGAGAGGAUCUGGAGAUUCUGGUGGAGACUGGAGAGCUCAAACCAGACGACCUUCUGCUCAAAGGCCCCAAGCUCAAGGACAAGAGCAAAGACAAGAGGUUCACCAAGGAUAAGAAGAAAGGCAAGGAGGCAGCAGACGGGGCAGAGAAGAGGCCUGUCAAACUCCGAGUGGACGAGCUCAUGGUGUACAACAAGGAGCUGGAGUCAGAGUACGGGGACUUUGAGGACUGGCUGCACACGUUUAAUCUGUACAGAGGAAAGGCUGGUGACGAUGACGAGCACGCACAGGACGAAGACAGGAUAGUGGGCAGAUUCAAGGGUUCCUUGUGCAUGUACAAGCUCCCUCUGUCAGAAGAGAUCACCAGAGAAGCAGGAUAUGACCCAAAUAUGGGCAUGUUCCAGAGCAUCCCCCACAACGACCCAAUCAAAGUGCUGGUUAGAGUCUACGUGGUCCGGGCGACAGACCUCCAUCCUGCUGAUAUCAAUGGGAAGGCCGAUCCAUAUGUUGUGAUCAAACUGGGCAAGUCCGAAAUCAAAGACAAGGAAAACUACAUCUCCAAACAACUCAAUCCUGUUUUUGGCAAGUCAUUCGACAUAGAGGCCACGUUCCCGAUGGAGUCCAUGUUGACUGUGUCCGUGUAUGACUGGGACCUGGUGGGCACAGACGACCUGAUCGGAGAGACCAAGAUCGACCUGGAGAACCGCUUCUACAGCAAAUACAGAGCCACCUGUGGCAUCUCCUCACACUACUCACUUCAUGGAUACAACAUCUGGCGGGACCCGAUGAAGCCCAGUCAGAUCCUGGUGCGGCUGUGUAAGGAGGGGAAGAUGGAGCCUCCCCAGUACGGCCCGGGGGGCACUGUGCAGGUGGGGGGGCGGGUGUUCCAGGCACCCACGGAGAUCGAGGACGAGAAUGGUUUGAAGAAGCAGACGGAGGAGCACUUGGCCCUGACUGUGUUGAACCACUGGGAGGAGAUCCCCAGAGUGGGCUGUAAACUGGUGCCUGAGCAUGUGGAGACCAGAGCUCUGCUCAACCCAGACAAGCCUGGCAUAGAACAGGGCCGUAUUGAGAUGUGGGUGGACAUGUUCCCCAUGGACUCGCCCGCUCCAGGACCUGCUCUGGACAUAUCGCCACGGAAACCAAAAAGAUAUGAGCUCAGGGUGAUUAUUUGGAAUACAGACGAAGUAAUUCUGGAGGACGAUGAUUUCUUCACUGGGGAAAAGUCCAGUGACAUAUUUGUGCGGGGAUGGCUAAAGGGUCAGCAGGAGGACAAGCAAGACACAGACGUGCACUACCACUCUCUGACAGGAGAGGGCAACUUUAACUGGCGCUUUGUUUUCCCGUUCGAUUACCUCAUGGCCGAAGAGAAGAUCGUCAUAUCCAAGAAGGAGUCCAUGUUCUCCUGGGACGAGACGGAGUACAAGAUCCCCCCACGACUGACGCUGCAGGUGUGGGACGCAGACCACUUCUCUGCUGAUGACUUUCUGGGUGCCAUAGAGCUGGAUCUGAACCGCUUCCCUCGCGGGGCAAAGACAGCCAAACAGUGCACUCUGGACAUGGUCAAGAAGGAGCAGGAGCUUCCCACCAUCUCCAUCUUCAAACAGAAGAGGGUCAAAGGCUGGUGGCCCUUUGUGGCCCGAGACGAGAAUGACGACAUGGAGCUAACGGGUAAAGUAGAGGCGGAGCUGCAUCUGGUGACCGCAGAGGAAGCAGAGAAGAGCCCUGUGGGCCUGGGCCGAAAUGAGCCUGAUCCUCUGGAGAAGCCAAACCGCCCAGACACAACCUUCCUGUGGUUCCUGAGUCCCCUGAAGGCCGUGCGUUACCUGAUCUGUACCCGAUACAAGUGGCUCAUCAUCAAGGUGUUACUGGCCCUGCUCCUGCUCAUCAUGCUGGGGCUCUUCCUCUACAGCAUGCCCGGGUACCUGGUCAAGAAGCUGCUAGGGGCCUGAG